CUUCCCUUCUGAUCCCCAUAUCACACCCAAUUCAGAGGACACAUACAUAAUGAGGCCUGGGGGAGGGUGGGACGCGAAAGGCGGCGCCGGCACCGAGGCGACACCGCCGUACCCGGCCUCCUCGGCAUGGCGCUCUCCAGUUCCGUACCUGUUCGGCGGGCUAGCGGCGAUGCUGGGUCUCAUCGCGUUCGCCCUCCUCGUCCUCUUCUGCUCCUUCCGGCAUCUCUCCGGCUACCUCGAGUCCGGCGGCGAAGCAGACGGUGACGGGGAAGCCCCCAUCGAUGGCGGCGACGAGGCCAAGCCCCCGCUGCUCUUCGAGGAUAGCAUCGUCGUCAUCAUGGCCGGCGACCGUAAGCCCACCUUCCUUGCCACCCCCAUGUCCAGCCGCGCCGCUUCCUUCACGGACAAAGUUGAUGAGGCCGGUAAUGACGGGGAGAAGGCAGGGAGCACGGCGACCUGACCUCGUAGUGUCGAGACCCAAAACCCCGGUGACGGCGAGCACAACCAGCAGUGACAUGUUCAUGUUCAUGUUUCUUUUUUCAUUUAAUAUUUAUAAAUGCAGUUUCUUGCUCAAAA